GUGAAGCAAACCUAAAGAGGAACUUCAGUUACCUUUUAAUGAACGUCAAAAAACAGCACUGCCACGGCUGCCUACCCAGCAGACCUGCUUACGAGAGCCAGAGGGAUGGUGGUAGUUACGGGGCAGAACAAAGUGAGUGGAAACCCGGAUGAUGCCAUGUCGAGCUCAGAUGCAGAGGAUGAUUUCCAAGAGCCAGCCACUCCUACUGCGACCCAGGCAGGACAAGCACUACCUCUGCUGCCUCAGCAGUUUCCAGAAGUUGUUCCACUAAACGUAGGAGGCAUGUAUUUUACAACAAGACUGUCAACACUGCGACGUUAUGAGGACACAAUGUUGGCGGCGAUGUUCAGUGGAAGACACUAUAUUCCAACGGAUGCUGAAGGCAGAUACUUUAUUGACAGAGAUGGAACCUACUUUGGAGACAUACUGAACUUCCUACGAUCUGGUGACCUGCCACCACGAGAACGAGUGAGGUCAGUUUACAAGGAAGCUCAGUAUUUUUCCAUAGGACCGUUGCUAGACAAUCUAGAGGAUAUCCAACCUCUGAAAGGAGAAAAAGUUAGACAAGCUUUCCUGGGCCUGAUGCCAUAUUACAAAGAUCAUUUGGAACGGAUAAUCGAAAUAGCAAAGCUGAGAGCGAUGCAAAGAAAAGCAAGAUUUGCAAAAUUGAAGGUCUGUGUCUUCAAAGAAGAGAUGCCCAUCACUCCCUAUGAGUGCCCACAUUUCAAUUCUUUACGUUUUGAGAGGAGUGAAAGUGAGACAAAGCUAUUUGAACAUCACUGCGAAGUAGAUGUAUCUUUUGGCCCCUGGGAGGCUGUGGCUGAUGUAUAUGAUCUUCUGCACUGUAUUGUGACAGACCUGUCUGAUAGAGGGAUAACUGUGGAUCAUCAGUGUAUCGGGGUGUGUGAUAAACACCUGAUAAAUCACUAUUACUGCAAGCGUCCUAUCUAUGAAUUCAAGAUUACUUGGUGGUGAGUUAUUUUGUUUGGAAUGGUGCAGAGGAAAAAAGGACUUCUAGAUGACAAUUGCUUGUAAUAUUUUUGCAACGUGUCUCUGGAAAUGCAUUGCUGCUAAUGUAUAUUGGAAUCAGCCUGCUGAAAUCCUUAGCUGCUCAGCAAAAGGGAACCUGUGACAGAGGUUGAAAAACCUCUGAAAUCUUGAAAAAAACCAGCCUGAAACAAGACUGUUGGCUCAGGUACCUUAACGAGGCACAAAACAAAACCACCUCAUGGAAAUGAUGGAGAGGAGCAUCUAACAUCUUUUAAAAGCUGC